CUAUUUGGUUUGAAAGCCUAUUCAUUCAAAUUUACAAAACGUAUUUGAAAACGAUUUUUUUCUUUUAUUUUUGUUUACUUUAAUCGAUCCAUUUAUUCAUCUAAAGAUGCAUCAAAAAUUGCAUCUCACAUCCGCUUCUGGAAUCAUAUCAUUGUUGGAUGAUUCACUAUGUGAAAUGAAAAUUUUUGCCCUCGAUAAAUUGAAUGGAGUUGUGGAUGAAUUUUGGCCCGAAAUAUCCGAUGUUAUCGGUAAAAUUGAAGUACUUUAUGAAGAUGAAAAUUUUUCCCACCGUAAACUUGCCGCAUUGGUUGCAUCAAAAGUAUACUAUCAUCUGGGGUCUUUUGAAGAUUCAUUAACGUAUGCAUUAGGUGCUGGAGAAUUAUUCAAUGUGAAUGCCAAUAGUGAAUAUGUUGAUACAAUCAUAUCGAAAUGUAUUGAUCAUUAUACAAAACUUCGUGUGGCUAAUGCAAUGAUAUCUGCAUCCAAUUCAAAAGAUUCAAUGCAAUCAAUAGAUCCACGACUAGAAGAUAUUGUCAAUCGAAUGUUUCAACGUUGUUUCGAUGAUCAUCAAUAUAAACAAGCCAUAGGUAUUGCAUUGGAAACACGACGAAUGGAUAUGUUUGAGAAGGCAAUCCUACUAUCCAAUGAUCUUACCGGAAUGUUGGCAUAUGCUUUCAAGAUAACCAUGUCAUUAAUAGAUAAUCUUCAUUUUCGUAAUGAAGUGCUAAAAAUCCUGAAUCAGUUAUAUAAAAAUCUUAAUGUGCCGGAUUAUAUUUCAAUGACACAAUGUUUGAUCUUUUUGGAUGACGAUAAAUCAUUGGCCGAAUUGUUGGAUAAAUUGACCCGAAAUGAUGACUCUGUCCUGUUAGCCUAUCAAAUUUCAUUCGACCUUUAUGAAAGUGCUACACAGCAAUUUUUAUCACGAAUCAUGGAAUCGCUACGAUUAAUUGCUCCAAUUUCUAGCCUAUUGGUCAAACCAUCGCCACCACCAGGUCAGUCCAAUGAAGAGAAAAAAGAAGAAGAAAAAAUGGAAACCGAUCAACCUGCAACAACAACAGCACAGACAAAAGAGGUGGCUGAAAGUUCGAAGCAAUCUGAACCGAAAAAAGAAGACCUUAGUGAAGAGGAUCGAAAAAGACAGGAUCGUAUCGAAAAAUUGGCUAAAAUUCUAAGUGGUGAUGUUUCAAUCGAAUUGGAUCUUCAAUUUCUUAUCCGUAAUAAUCAUACGGAUUUACUCAUCUUGAAGAAUACGAAAGAUGCCGUUAGAAAUUCUGUUUGUCAUAAUGCAACAGUUAUCGCUAAUGGUUUUAUGCAUUGUGGAACGACAUCCGAUCAAUUCUUACGAGAUAAUCUCGAUUGGUUAUCACGAGCUGUUAAUUGGGCUAAAUUCUCAGCUACAGCUAGUUUGGGGGUGAUUCAUAAACGACACGAAAAAGAAGCCCUUCAUUUGAUGGCAUCAUACCUUCCACGAGAUAAUGGCCCGGGUAGCGGUUAUACCGAAGGUGGUGGAUUGAUGGCACUCGGAUUAAUUCAUGCUAAUCAUGGUGGGCCAAUUAUCGAUUAUCUCCUCAAUCAACUUAAAGGGGCUACUAAUGAAGCUGUUAAGCAUGGUGGAUGCCUUGGUCUUGGUCUUGCAGCCAUGGGUACCCAUCGAAAUGAUGUUUAUGAACAAUUGAAAUAUAAUCUAUAUCAGGACGAUGCCGUCACCGGUGAAGCAGCUGGAAUUGCUAUGGGCUUGGUCAUGUUGGGUUCAAAAUCACAGAUUGCCAUCCAGGAUAUGGUUUCAUAUGCACAGGAAACACAGCAUGAAAAAAUUUUACGUGGUUUAGCCAUUGGUAUAUCGUUGAUCAUGUUCAGUUUAUUGGAAGAGGCUGAUUCAUUGAUCGAAACCUUAUGUGAUGAUAAAGAUCCAUUGUUACGACGAUCCGGAAUGCAUACCAUCGCUAUGGCUUAUUGUGGAACUGGCAAUAACAAAGCCAUUGAAAAAUUAUUGCAUGUAGCUGUAUCAGAUGUGAAUAAUGAUGUAAGACGUGCUGCUGUUGAAGCACUAGGUUUCUUAUUGUUUCGUACACCUGAACAAUGUCCAAGUGUCGUAUCACUACUAUCGGAAAGUUAUAAUCCUCAUGUUCGUUAUGGAUCAGCUAUGGCUUUGGGCAUUAGUUGUGCUGGAUCAGGUAAUAAAGAUGCCUUGUCAUUGUUAGAACCAAUGACCAAUGAUCCGGUCAAUUUUGUUCGACAAGGAGCUCUGAUUGGUACGUCGUUGAUUCUCAUACAACAAACCGAAGCUUUAUGUCCCAAAGUAAAAGAUUAUCGUGCUAUGUAUUCAAAGGUCAUCUCGGAUAAACAUGAUGAUGUCAUGGCUAAAUUUGGUGCUAUUCUUGCGCAAGGUAUUAUCGAUGCCGGUGGUCGUAAUGUUACUGUUUCAUUGCAAUCACGUACUGGUCAUACAAAUCUACCGGCCGUAGUCGGUAUGCUUGUAUUCACUCAAUUCUGGUAUUGGUUUCCAUUGGCUCAUUUUAUUUCGAUGGCAUUUUCUCCGACCGCAUUAAUUGGUUUGAAUGGUGAUUUGAAAAUGCCUAAAAUUCAAUAUCGUUCGAAUGCUAAACCUUCUGCAUAUGGUUAUCCACCACCAUUGGAAGAGAAGAAAGAAAAAGAACGGGAAAAAAUUCUUACCGCCGUUCUAUCCAUUACAGCAAAAGCAAAGAAAAAAGAAGCCGAAAAGAAAAAAGAGGAAAAAAUGGAUGUUGAUGAACCAGCCAAAGAAGAUGAGAAAAAAGAUGAAGAUAAAAAAGGCAAAAGUGAUGAUGGUAAAAAACCGAGCGAAGAAAAGAAAUCUGAAUCAUCAGAAAAAUCGAAGCCUGAACCAGAAGCAACAAAUGAAAUUUUAUCCAAUCCUGCACGAGUGAUGCCAUCUCAAUUACGUGUGAUUCAAAUGGUAGAUAAAAGUCGUUAUGAGCCAAUUAAAGAUAUUAGCAUUGGCGGUAUAAUCCUGAUGAAAGAUAUGAAAACAUCCGAACCAGAAGAAUUGGUCGAACCGGUACAGGCUGGUGGUCCGAAAAUUGAAGAAGAAAAAGAGCCAGAUCCACCAGAACCGUUUGAAUAUGUUGAAUGAAUUAAAAUUUUUGUAACAUAAACAAUAAAAAAAAUAAUGAGAUGAUGAUGA